UGACGGUCGCGCCUGCUCGCAGUUCCUAACGCGUUAGUGCCGAAAGUCCGUGCGUUCGCGAUUCGUCACUCGAGAACGAGUGCGCCCAAGCGGCGCUUGAAUUCAAUUCCUCGGGACAGUGCUUCCGAAACGUCGCAGGACAAUAGCCCAGCACUGCACGGAAAACAUCCGCAGGGGACUCUAGCUCUAGUUCAAUGUCUGUAGUAAUGCAUUGGAAAUGUUUUCCAACUUCUCGGCCAAGAGCUGAGCAACACGACGUGCAUAAAUAUUUGAGAGUUACGGGAAAUCGAAAGUGAAGCGGACGAACUUGCCCGGAUCCUAGCAGGAGCAGCCAAGUGGCUGAGCAAUCAGAGGACAAACAAUCACCAAGCAGGACGAGGACCGAGCGAAAAGAAGAGGGCCGGACCGGCGCUAGCAAAUAAAAAUGAAAAUUAAAAUGUUUCCGCUGGCAGCGGAUGCAGCGACAAUUGCCGCGCGCCGUCAGGACAGGCGUGGCGCGGGGAAGCUGCAGCGGAAGCGAAAAAUGCCGGAAAUAUCCUCACGGCUAAUUGUUGCCACUGCCACCGCUGCCAUAGCCUCGAUUAUCUUCCUGUCCUUCUCGCUCUCCCUCUGCGCCGCCCAGGAGACUGACGACGAGGGGGAGCUGCACCACCUGGACCAGCUGCACCACCAGCACCAGGACUUCGUCAUCGGGGAGUCCGAGGAGCACGAUCAUAUCGCCCACCACUUGGCGGAAAUGCAAAAUAAGGAUGAGCUACUGGAGGACAUACGCGAGGAUACGGUCGUCAAUGCGAUUCCCGAGAAAGAUCUUCCAAAGUUCGGGGAACUCCUGCAGAACGUGACAGUGCCCGUGAGUCGGGAGGCUAUACUCCAGUGCGUGGUCGACAAUUUGCAGACUUACAAGAUUGCGUGGCUACGUGUCGAUACACAGACCAUUCUAACGAUACAAAAUCACGUCAUAACCAAAAAUCAUCGCAUGAGCAUAACUCACGCCGAGAAACGUGCCUGGAUUUUGCGUAUACGUGAUGUAAAGGAGUCCGACAAAGGCUGGUACAUGUGCCAAAUAAACACGGAUCCCAUGAAGAGUCAAGUGGGCUACCUGGAUGUCGUCGUUCCCCCCGACAUACUGGACUACCCGACCAGCACCGAUAUGGUAAUCCGUGAGGGCUCCAACGUAACCCUCAAGUGCGCCGCGACGGGAUCGCCAACUCCGACGAUAACCUGGCGACGCGAAGGUGGCGAACUGAUACCACUGCCAAACGGCGCAGAGGCCGUCGCCUUCAACGGAUCUUUCCUGACCAUCGCCAAAGUGAACCGGCUGAACAUGGGCGCCUAUCUCUGCAUCGCCUCCAAUGGCAUCCCGCCAACAGUCAGCAAGCGUGUGAUGCUCAUUGUGCACUUUCCACCCAUGAUUUGGAUACAAAAUCAAUUAGUCGGCGCUGCCCUUACCCAGAACAUAACCCUGGAAUGCCAGUCGGAGGCGUACCCCAAGUCCAUCAACUAUUGGAUGAAGAACGAUACGAUUAUCGUGCCAGGUGAGCGCUUUGUGCCGGAAACCUUUGAAUCGGGCUAUAAAAUAACCAUGCGCCUGACCAUAUACGAGGUGGACAUCCAGGACUUCGGGGCAUAUCGAUGUGUGGCCAAAAACUCCCUGGGCGACACUGAUGGCGCGAUCAAACUGUACCAUAUUCCCCAGACCACCACGAUGACGACAAUGGCUCCGACCGUUUCGAUCAACACGGUGCCCGUGGUCCUUGUGAAGUACAACAAAGAACAACGCUAUGGCAGCAGCCAGAACGCCAAUAGCAAUCCGUACAACUUUAACUCCGGCAGUGGCCAACAGAACACGAAACUGCAGCGCGGCAAGGCCAGCAACAAGGGCUUGGAUCAGUCCUCCUCCGGACUGAACAAUGUCUUCGUAGGGGCCACGUCCAGCCUGUGGAACUCGCAGGAUCACCACCCCUCCUCCUCGAGGGGAAGGGAUCACCACCAGCAGCAGCACCACCAGCAGCAGCAGCAAAACCACGGAUCUGAUCACAGCGCCUCCUACCGCUCGGACGGUAAGAGCCCGCACCUCACCAAGCACGACGCCAAGUCCUGGACCGACGACCUGGAUCACAUGCAGGACCUGAAAGGAUGGGCCCACCGCAUCGCUCCCUACUCACUGAUCCUGAUUCUUUUGGUCGCUCUGGGCAUGGGCCGUCUGGGGGCGGGGCCGGGCUAAGCUCCUCGAGGAAAGUGUACAAAAAGUCUACGGAAACCCGAUGUUAGUCUAACUAAGAUAAACUACUUCGUAAGCAAUACCCUUAUAAAUCGUGUUGGUCAAAAACUAUUAUUUUUGUGCUAGGUGGAAGUUGCUUACUGUAAAAAGUUGUUGAUGUUUAAGCUAAAUCUAAAUUUAAGAGAACACUUCAAAGGAUCGAGUAUAAAUUGGAGGGAACUGGGAUUCGAAACGGAAAUACAAAGUAUUAGGAUGUAAACAUAAGGGCUUAAACUGAAACAAUCUUGUUGGGCGCGGUGCGUGGGUUGACACUUAUGUUUCUGGACAAACACGCUUACAAUAAUUAUCACUCUUUGGAAUUACUUACUUACUUUUAGUGAUAUUAUUGGGUUGUUCAACGAGAAAGCUCAAGCUUUUCUUCAAGACCAGAUUUAUAAGUAUAAACUCAUGUACGUGGCUACCAAAUGAGAAUGGAACCGAGGUUAGAUCUAAGUCCCUCGAUACCGAUAUUUUUACUAUUAGCCCUGUUCUAGCUUAGUUCCCAAGCACUGCAAGCUGUAUGAUAAAUAUUACAUAAACAAUUUCAUCUUGGUUUAAGAGAAAAUAAAAAUGCCGUCUUAAAUAAUGUAAACUUCA